CGAAUCAUCAAAGUGAGCGCGGAUGACGAAUGAGUCCACGGGACAAACCACCUCCUAGCUGCUUGUGAGGCAAAAAGGGCGAAUCCUUGUCGCUGAUAUGCUGGGUACGCAGACUACAUCCAACUCGACUACCUUCAUCAACGGCGUCGCGCUUAAUGAGACGGUCCUGAGGCUGUGGAAUUACACCCUCUACGGCAAUGGCACGCUGACGAACGGCUCGCACUGCUUUCUCGCUUUCGGCACCUACAAGCCCAUCAUCUUCUCGAAUGGGACCUUCACCAAUACGACCUCAUGCUACACCCCGAUAAACCCCAUCGGGGCUCGAGGCAUCACUGGACUUGUCUUUGGAUCUCUCUUUGCCCUGACGAUUCUAUUCUCCACGAUCAACCUGAGGAAGCAUGGCCGCGCAUACCUCCCUCGAGAAAGAGGGUGGAAACCGGUCGAUAGACGCUGGCCGUGGUAUUGGACCUUGAUCGUCGCUGCGUGUGGCAUCUUGAGCUCCUUCACGGCUGUCGACGUGGACAGGGACUACAUCGUUAACACACCGAUCAUCCUCCAAAGCUUCUUUCUGACCCUGAUGGUCCCGGUGUUGCUGGCGUGUGUUUGGGAGGCUGUGAGAAGCUGGAACUCGUCCAGCCACCGUCAAUUCCAAGAGGCGCAAAUUUAUCCAUCUUCAGCAAAUGCAUUCCACACCAGGGCCAAUUUCUACCUUCCCUUAGUGUUUUACGCCUUCGACGGCCUGGUAUUCUUCAUGCUCGUCCCACGAUCUUGGUCCUUUGCUCAAAGGCAACGAUCGCCUACGCAGACUCUGGAAUCAGCUAGACCAGCAGCUCUCGAUGCUCGAUUCAAGGCGGCCUCCGUGCUCGCAACAGUCUGCCUUGGACUUGUUGUCUUUCGAUUGGGGUAUGGCAGCAAGACUUACAGGACCAAGAUCCCUGCAUCCCUAUUCCUAACCAUCAUUUCUCUUGGUGUGCGCGUUGCGUACGUGGUUGCGGGAUCGUGGGUAUGGGAACUAUCGCCGUAUCGUCGAGACGUAGGCGUCGGCUUGUUGUACGGACUCGGCUACGCACCGGCUCUCCUCAUUCUCGUGCUGCUCAAUGUCCAUGGUUACGUCAAUGAAAAUGAAGACAAGUUGUUGAUAGCGCAGCGCGCAUCGAGAGGCGAAGAAUUGGACGAGAGGCCGGACGUAGCCAUGCAAUCCCGCGAGCACCACAGUCGCAGACCGCCGGCCUGGUGGUUCAGGUCUCGGAACCCCUUCGCAUCGCCAAGCGGUGUCUUCAAGAUGCCUGCGUCAUCCCGGAGACCUCCAUUGAAAGACAGCUCUCAAACGGCGCACGCGAACCGAGCAGAAGAACAGGACGAAAGUGGACAUGCUUGGUGGCAGCGGCGGAAGCGGGAGGAAGAAGACGCCAGGUACAGAAAACCAAGGCAAAGUGGACAUAGUGAUAGGUCUGUCGGCAGCUCGAUGUUCACAGAAGGCGGCAGCACGGGCAGAGUCCCGCGAUUCCCAGAGCCGGAAAGUUCGCUGCCACCUCCAAGAUACGAGAGAGGAACACCGUAUGAAUCCAGCAAAGACGGUCACUCACAGCCGUCUUCGUCCACCCACUCGCUUCAGUCGCCACCCCAGGUGGUCAGGAGUAUGCUUGACGUUUGAUUCAUCGAAGAGCACAGGCAGAACAGACGUGAAAACAGAGGGAUCGACCCUUUCAAGGAAUAGAUACGACUGGCAGGGCAUUCAAACAUGCUGACAGAAGUCAAAGCAGCUGGACGCCAACAGCUGGACUGAUCAGUGGUAUACUGUUUCCCUAUGGUACAACGAUCAACUUGAACGAAAUCGCAUCUUUGUUGUGGCAGUGCCCAAGGAAAUCCCUCUGGUUCUAAGUCUACCAGUUACAGACUUCUUACUUUAAUCCACAACGAUUGCUCGGCUCUCUUUUGACCUGGUUGUGCGAGCGACAAAUCGCGUACCCUGUACCACCAGGAUCCGGCUGUUCCUAUUCGAUCUAGAUCCUCUCAGCGUCCAAGAAGGUGACGUUGCUGGUCUGUGGGACUGAAGAGGUGAGAAGCAGGGCACCGAAAAAGAGUUGAGUGAAGCCGGAGAUGGCAUCUGUGGGUUGGUCGGAGACUGCGGAGUUGAUGGUGUGAGAGAAAACGCCGUCGCAGGACCAAGUGCCGGCCUAGGGACGGACGCCGACGGGUCCUUGAUACUGUGGUUGCCGACAAGGUCAGUGCUUAUGCGAUGUAGAUACGAUAGAUUCUGUGGAAGGGUCGAUGAGUGAAUCGGUUACCUCGACGUGACUGUCUACGGUGACGCUCGUGCCCACAGCCAGCGCGCCGCCGCCGCCGCCGCCUGGAACAUGCAUGGUGAUGCUGUGCUGCUCUGAUCGACUGAAGCUGGGUGACGAGGAAAUUACGGUAUUCCUGCAGGACGACAAGGGUGCUCAAAUCUGGGGCCGGCGAAGGCUCGGGAGUAGCUUCCUUGCUUUUGCUGCUGGAGGAGGAAUCGCACAACUGGAUGGUGUUGAGUACGUUCUGGUCUCUAGAAUAGUCCGGCACUUGUUGAUACAAGGCUGGGUGAGAUGAUGCACAGUGACCGCUGUGACUAGAUGCCAUGGCUUUGCUGCUCUCCACGAGAUUCAAAAGAGGCUGAGAUGGCUCACGACGAAAGAAGCUGAGGCCAACCCUUCCGAAGAUGUCGGACCGUCAUGCUUGGUCAAUG